AUGUUAAAAUUACAAGUAACUGUUGGAUCUUCGUAUGAUCCGUCGUCACAUAUUAUAUUCCUUCCUAAUGAUGAUGAGAAUCCUUUUUUUAUUGAUACGGAAUAUUUCACAGGAAGAAUUUGUGUUCGCGUUAGAGAUUUUAAAGGUGUACCUCCACCUAAAAAAAAACCUCUAUCAUCGAGCCCUUACUUUAAUGAAAACAACUAUCAAUAUUCUAUACAAAUUCAAGGAAGGUUUAAAGGAAACAAAUGGACGGCUGAUGAUAUUCUUUUUGGGAAUGACUUUGAUCGCAAGAUUAAUUUACCUGCCAUCAGUUGGUUAGGAUUGAAAAUAUUGAAAUGGAUUGAUCCCGCCAUAGAAGCUGAUAUUUAUUCGGAUAAACCUUGGGCAUAUAGUCCGUUACUUUUUACUACUAAUUCUGCUCGUGUUCAAGAUUCAAAUGACAGUAAUGAUUUACCUCCAUGGCCUUCUCCAAACGGUGAACACCUAAAGGAUGAUACUAUUUAUGAUCCUAUUAUUGGAUCGUUGAUUUCCACUGAUGUAACUUCACGUAAACAAUAUUUUUCUUCAAAGGAAAAUCGUAUAAAUUUUAAAAUUACUGAAAAUCAAGUUUGGGACUUUGAUUUUUUUAAUUCAUAUAUAGACUUCAAUCAUAUCAAUGUGAAGUUACCCGGACUUGAAAUCGGUGU